CGCUUUAUCGGCGUUGAAUGAGUUGACAUAAAUUCGUAUUUGUUUUAUUACCGGUGUCGAUGAGUUUCAAGAGUGGUCGAAAAAAUUGCUGAAGGAAGACAUUUAGGGAAGAAGAAAUUCGACAACAAUAAAUAAACGAAAAGUAGCAAGAGUGGGGGUGUCUCCAUCGAUCGAAAAAGACAGAUAGAUUUACGUGAGGCUAGUCUUCCUAGAGCACUAAAGAUGUAGGUAUUCUACCGUCUGCUCUGGUCUCCACCAUUUCUGUUCCGUUCCUCCAUUCCUUGCCCUCACGCCUCUGUCACUGAGCUGACAAGUUUAUGAUAAUUAGGUUAUGGUUUCUAAGUUGCUCGAACUCUGUGUUUACGUGUAUUUGAUUAUCCGAAUGUGAACAAAAAGAGAGUCUUGGACACCAACCAAAUCAUCGUGCCUCUGUGAAAAAUAUGCAGAUAGACGAAAUGAGAAAUUUACAGAGAAAAUUUGUGUCAGCUAGUACACAUUACUACAAUCGCAGAAAAGUCAAAAUUUUUUGGCCAGGACUCAACGAUUUACCAGUAGAAUUUCUUCUCAACAGUCAUAUGAUUAUGGCAAUCAGAUGUGCAAAGAAUGGCACAAGUAUGGACGUCUUUAUAAUCGUAAAAAAGGACGGAAAUGUGUAUAGCUGUGGUACUGACGAAGAGGAAUAUACAGAGUUCCAUGGCCAUUGUAGUUUAUCUUCUUCUGAAAUUUUGAGCAUAGUCAAUAAUUCUAGAAAUCUACAAAUAAUUGAAAAUCUCUGCGACAAAAGUAUAAAGACAUUUGUCCAGAUGAACACGCAUGGUUUAUUUGCCGUAACCAACGAAGGAGAGGUAUAUUCUUGGGGAACUAAUAAAUUGUGUACGUUAGGUCAUAAAGAAUGUGAAAUAAUUUCCGAACCCACUCUUGUGAUCAGUUUAAGCAAUAAAAAUAUUGUGAACAUUGUAUGCGGUAUAUUUCAUGCUCUCGCUCUUACUGUCGAUGGAAAAAUAUAUACUUGGGGAAUGAACAUCGAAAAGCUUUAUAAAAAGGAUAAUUUUCAAACACCACGACAAGUAUCUGAAUUGGAGAAAGAAAAAAUUGUUUGCAUUGCUUGUAGCUCGACAUAUAGUAUAGUAGUCACAGAUAAUGGCAAGGUAUACAAUUGGGGUAAUUUAUUUAACAAAAUUUUUGCUAUUGGAAUCACUGACUUUACUGGCGUAACGAUUUCAAGGCAGCCUUAUCCCGUGAAGAGAAUUAUGUUCGCGGCACCAAUAAUUAAGGUGGCCUGUGGAUUAAACCAUGCUUUAGCACUCACCGAUGAAGGAAUUCUUUAUGUGUGGGGUGAAAACAGGUUUGGACAAUUAGGUACUGGCGACAAUAGAAAUAUUUAUAAGCCUUAUUUGUUGAAUACAUCUGAUAUGGGAGAGUUGUCAGACAUUGCGGCUUUAAGCACAAAAAAUAUAAGUGUAGCCAUCAACAAGAAUGGAUGUCUUUAUGUAUGGGGUAACUACGCCAGUCGCAUAAUUUUAAAACCGAAGGCUGUCUUUCAUACAAACUUGAACGAUCUAUUUGCAUGCGAGCAUAUCAUGUACAAACCACUGAUCUUAUCAGAAAAUGGCUUUGAAUAUGUGAAAAAAGAUUCAAACACAGUGAGAUGCCUGAAAGAUGCUUUUAACGAUCCUUCAACGAGUGACUACAAAGUAGAAGUGGAAGGACGAGAUAUUCAUCUUCACAAGGCUGUUCUAAAAAUUUGCAGUUCAUAUUUCAGAAUCAUGUUUCAACAUAAUUGGAAAGAAAAUAUUGAGAAUGUCUUGAAGCUCGAUAUGUUCUCAUACAACGUUUAUGAAGCAUUUUUCAAAUAUUUGUAUACAAGUGAGAUCGAGAUACCUCCAGGAGAAGCCUUUGAUUAUCUUAUUGUAGAAUUGUUAAUAUUAGCUGAUAUGUAUGAUGAGAUGGAUUUGGAAACAGCUCUUUUUCCAAAAAUUCUAAAGGAGGUUACUAUAUCUAAUGUAGCACUUUUUUAUAGCAAAGCGAUUGGAUAUAAUCAACAGUGGCUGGAAGAAUUCUGCUUAUCAUUCGCCUUGAGAAAUAUGACGGAAGUGAAACAAACGGAAAGUUUCAAAGAGUUAGACGAGAAUACGAAAACUAUGUUUCUAAUAAAAGCAGAUAAAGUUAAUGCUUUUAAAAUGUAAUUUAAUUACUGUUUUGUCAUUAAAUUUUGAUCGAAAUCGAAUAGAAUCUACAAAUAUGCAUGUACAUUUGAGACAUACAACCCAGACAGCACACAUGUCCAAAAUACAUCCAAAGGAUAUCCAGAGGAUGUCCUGUCGUCCCAAAAACGUCUUCGGGAUAUCCUUUGGACAUCUUUUGGAUAUGUUGUGCUGUCUGGGAAUAAAUUACGUUAAA